CAAACUAACCGGGAAUGGCAGCAAAUCUUCAGCAGCUGCUGUACUGGUUUGGCGCUCAAAGUUUCCUCCCCCACCAGAAGCCAGUCACGUGGUACCGAUACUCCAACUAAUAGUAGCCGGGUCUCAGGAUGCAGUGAGUUCUUUGCAACGCACGUGGUGUGUUUGUUUCGUCUCGUGAAUUUCCGAGGAACCGCGCGUGUUAAAGAGAAACAUCGAGAGGGGAUGCAGUCGCAGGCUACUCUGUCAGUUUGGCGACGUAUGUCACAAACUAAAACCGUAUUCACGUUGUCGACUGUCGUGGGGACAGCUUCACGAAUGACAGAGGAAAUAACCACAGUUAACAAGGAAGAGACUGGCUUAACACACGAAUGUGGUGUGUUUGGCUGUAUAGCUGCCGGCGACUGGCCCACACAGGUUGAUGUUGCCCAAGUUAUUUGCCUAGGGCUUGUGGCACUACAGCACAGAGGACAGGAGAGUGCUGGAAUAGUUACCAGUGAAGGAAACAAUGCCAAAUCUUUCAGAGUCCACAAAGGCAUGGGCAUGAUAAAUAAUGUAUUUAAUGAUGAAUCUAUGAAGAAAUUAAAAGGCAAUUUGGGAAUUGGACAUACACGGUACUCAACAAGUGCAGCAUCUGAAGAAGUUAAUUGCCAGCCAUUUGUUGUUCAUACAACCCAUGGUCCUCUUGCAGUUGCUCAUAAUGGAGAACUUGUUAACUGUGGUUCACUACGUAAGAUGGUGCUGGCUCGUGGUGUUGGUCUUUCAACACACUCGGACAGUGAACUGAUCACACAAGCUCUUUGUCUGAAUCCACCUGAUGGUGAAACAAAUGGCCCUGACUGGCCAGCAAGGAUAAAACACCUAAUGCAACUUGCUCCACUCUCAUACUCAUUGGUGAUCAUGCAGGAUGAUCAUAUAUAUGGAGUAAGAGAUCCUUAUGGCAACAGACCACUUUGCAUUGGGAAAAUAGUACCCAUAAAACUUAAAGAUAGUGAGCCAUCAGAAGAGGAGGAAGAAGGUGAAGGUUGGGUUAUUUCUUCAGAAUCUUGUGGCUUUCUUUCAAUUGGAGCUCGUUAUGUACGUGAAGUGUAUCCUGGUGAAAUUGUGGAAUUAACUAAACAUGGUAUCAAGACAAUUAGCAUUGUUUCCAGACCAAAUGCAAAGCCUCAAGCUUUCUGUAUCUUUGAAUACGUAUACUUUGCUCGCUCUGAUAGUAUUUUUGAAGGCCAAAUGGUGUACUCUGUUCGAAUGGAGUGUGGCAGAGUUCUGGCAAGGGAAGCUUAUGUUGAUGCUGAUAUUGUGAGCUCAGUCCCUGAAUCUGGGACAGCAGCAGCACAUGGAUAUUCCCAGGAGUCUGAAAUUCCUUUCGCUGAAGUUCUGUGUAAAAACCGGUAUGUUGGAAGAACCUUUAUCCAGCCGAGUACUCGACUUCGACAGCUUGGUGUAGCAAAGAAAUUUGGAGCUUUAUCUGAGAAUGUGAGAGGAAAGAAAAUAGUUUUGAUUGAUGAUUCCAUUGUAAGAGGGAAUACUAUCGGACCAAUUAUAAAAUUACUGAGAGAUGCUGGUGCCAGUGAGGUCCAUAUAAGAGUGGCUUCACCUCCUGUGAAAUAUCCUUGUUACAUGGGCAUCAAUAUACCAACAAGUGAGGAGUUAAUUGCAAACAAAUUAGACUCCUUGAAGCUUGCAAAACAUGUUGGUGCGGACAGUUUGGCGUACUUAUCUGUGGAAGGCUUAGUGCAAGCAGUUCGGCAAAGAAUGAAGAACAAAAGCUCCACAAGCAUUGGACACUGCACAGCGUGCCUCACUGGAGUGUAUCCAGAAAAACUGGAAUGGUGAUGUGCUUUACUACCAGCUGUUAGACAUGCAGUUGUCAACAGUAGCUGUUGAAUUUUACCACAAAAUGAAACUAUGAUGUAACACAGCUGAGGUCACUUACUGACACAACUAAGUAUAUUUAAUUCAAAAUUUAAUAAACAUGUUAUCACUUCAGAAUUAUACCUCAGAUAAGUGUUAUAUUGCAAUCUAUCUCAACUUGUUACACAUUUUUGUGGUCAGUAUAUAAUGUCUAUGUAUUUUUGAUAAUUUAAUUUUUUACCUCUGGCAAUUAUCUUAAAUGGUUAAAUUCUUAAUUUAUUAAAGAGUACUUCUGAAGUACAAUUACAUUCGAGUUGUGCUCUUACAAAGUAAAGAGCUAUGAGAUCCCUUUUUUCUUUCUUUCUGAAAACUUGAUAAAACAGGAAUCACAUAAUAAAUGUUCUUGUUUUAUUAUUCAGUUUUUGUGUUCAUGCCAUUACAUUCUGAUGUAGUGAGCGAAUUCUUUUCAGAAAGUAAGGGGUCCUGUGAUUUUUUUUUAAAAAAUCCUAUUAUUCUUUGUAAUAUAUAUUGUGAUGCUAUGUUUUUUAAAAAUUAAGAACUACUUUUUGUUCCUUUACCAAGUUCACUGUUAUAGUGUCACAUUUUUUGUGUCUGUACAUGAAGUGUACUUCUUCCAUGAUGUAUCCAUAUCACUAAGCUUUUAAUCUGAAUUUCACAAUGAGCAGGAUAAAGGAGAUGGUUUGUCUCCUCUUAUUUGUGAAAAGUUAUUUUUAUAUUAGAAAAGAACCAUUCCAUUGUAAUAUUUCUGUACAUAUGAAGUUGGAAUGUAGAUUUGAUGCUGCGUAUUAAUUUUAUGUUUUAUAAUGAAAUGUAAUGUGCCAAUUAACUCUAAAAGAAACCAAGCUCAGUGGUUUUGUAGAGUUUUUGUGCUUGAAUCAACAUCAAAAUGUUGGUUCAAUCUUAGAUUACUCUCAACAGAAACACCAAGUCUUAUGUGUUAUAAUUUAUCAUUUUAGCAGACUAAGAGUUAGGUGUAAACACACCUUGCCAGAGCAAAAGCUACAUAUGGGCUCAGAUUUGUCAUCAUUUUAAUGUGGAAUAUAUUACUUCAACAAUUUAUUUCUAACAGUUCCUAGUUCAAUUACACAUCCAUGGAGGCUGUAUUACUCUUGCUCAUUAUGGCAAUUUCAGAUCUGCAACUUAAUUUUACUUAAUAUUUUUAAUUUUUGUCAAGCGUUUUAUGUGAAUAAAUUUUUUAAAUAGUUAAAA